AUGUCCGUGUCAGAAUUUCUCAAAGCAGCUCAAAGGGCGGACCCCUCGUUGGCCGGCUCCACAGAUAAAGACACUUUGGCCAUUUCAAUCCUCACUGGACAGACCGGAUCUCUAGCCCAAAAUCUCCCGUCUCUCAAUGAAAAACUCACUCCCCUAACAUACCUUUACUCCAACGCCCCCACAUUGGCCGAUGUAAACGCUCCAGAAUCCCAACACUCCACUCAACCGGCCAUACUCCGAUAUUUUCUCCAUGUUCAAUCACUUCCUCCAGUUCAAUCAGCCAGAACAGAUUUACCCAACUCAUUCCCUCCGUUAGACAUCGAUAUCUCUGCCCUGCCCAUACCCGAAAGGAAGGUUGUGGUCCCACCAAAGAAAGAAAAAAAGGAUAAGAAAGAAAAUUCUGCAACAGUGACGGAGACCCUUGUGGGUGCAGCUGGCGCCGUUUCAACCACGGUCACCGACGUAGCGGCCGGGGUUGUUGCGGCUGUCAGCGCUGCUGCGGAAGCGGCCAAGGAGGCUGUAGUAGGUGGACAGGAAGGGGAGAAGCAAGGAAAGAAAGAGAAAAAGGAGAAAAAAGAAAAGAAGGAGAAACCCAAAGUUGAGGUCGUCAAGGAUGAUGGUCCUAAGCCGAGUAUGAUUGACAUGCGGGUGGGCAAAGUUCUUGAUGUGAAACGACAUCCCGAUGCCGACUCUCUGUACGUGGAACAAAUCGAUGUGGGAGAGGCCGAGCCACGGACUGUUUGUUCUGGGUUGGUCAAGUACAUGAGCGAGGACGAGAUAAGAGGAGCGACAAUCAUUGUCAUUUGUAACCUCAAACCUGUCGCUAUGCGGGGUGUCAAAUCGUUCGCCAUGCUCCUCUGUGCAUCAUCAAAAGGCGGUAAAGAAGAAGGUGGAGUCGAGUUUGUCCUCCCUCCACCUGGGUCUCAGCCAGGGGAACGAAUAUACUUUGAAGGAGAAGACUAUGAGAAUGCUACCCCCGAAUCUCAACUGAAUCCAAAGAAGAAAAUCUUUGAGACCAUACAACCUGGAUUCAUCACCCUAGAUAACCUCGAAGCGGCGUGGAUCCACCCCGAGACGAAAUCUGUUCAUCGGAUCCGAACCAAAGACGGUGUGUGCAAAGCCAAGAGUUUUGUUGGGGCCAGUCUUUCGUAGAUAUGUCAUAUAAUGUCCAUGGUGGUGAUCAUCUACAACAUGCAUAAAGUGAACCUCAG